AUGAAUCUGAACAGCCCUGAAGCUGUGUUAUCUCCAGAAUGUGUGCUUCUCACAACUCUGAAUUAUGUUCUGGAUGAUAUAACAGCAAAAAUGACACCGGACUUGUCGAAAUUCAAAGCGCCGACAAGUUAUGUAAAAGAUAAAGGAGAAGAGCUAGUUGUCAGAUUAUUUGAAAAUUCGAAUUUGAGUCUAAGUAUGAAAAACAACUGCGCCCCAUUGAUAAAUAUUAAAUUUUUAUUUAAAGGAAUGUAUGGAUCGUCUGAAGAGCUGGCAGAAAACGUGAAGAUCUAUAGAAGCUCUCCUGGAAGUGGAUUGUACGCCGAUGCGAAUGGCUAUCUUUUGUAUCCUUACUACACAACUCCAGUGAUCUACCGAAGCCUUAAAGAUGAGCAGUACCUUUGCAAGUCCGAUGCCUAUAUAGUUUUGCAAAAUCUAACACUCGAAGUUUAUCCAUUUGAAAAACCCCAAGUCCUCCGUGUUCUUCUCGCAAUUUUCCUACGAUCUCAAGAACUGAAAAAUCUAAAAAGAAUGGAAUUUUUGAAAUUUGAUCAAAAGGAUUUUGCCUCUAUUAAAAAAGAAAUCGAAAAAGAGAUAAAAUCCUUUGGGACAGAUCCCGCAGAGUUUUUUCCAAUGAUGGCUGAAAUCACAAAUCUCGCGUUUCCGGACCUUCAUUUAAGAUUUAAAAAUCUGGUAAAAGUCGAUUGGGGAGAACCAGAAGCUGCAUUUUUCGAGAGAAUUCUGAGAAGAUAUGUUUUGGAAUUCCACGUGGCACCUAAUUUUAAGUAUCUUCUCACUAUUUUGUACUCGACUGCUGAGAGGAUUAUAAAUUUGCUGAAAAAAAUAAUCGAUAAUCGAUUGGAGAUUUUCUUGUUGGGUGGUCCAAGACCUACAGUUAGACUAUUCGAGGAUCAUGGAGGUCGACAGCUUGUAAUGAAGGCUGAGCUAUUUAAUGCCAUCAAUAAACCGACGAAUUUAAUAAAAAAUGGAUUUGAUGAAAUUUGUUUCGAAGCUAUGACUAUGGAAGACGUUCAGAAGCAGUUUGGAGAUCAAAUUAAGGAUAUUGAGUUCAUCCGCCUCCCAAUUCUACGUGCCAAAGACAAAGCCGUCCCACUUCAAGGUCCUCUGAACAAUCGAGAAUUCUUCGUUCUAGCAAUCGACGCCUUUUUUGAUCUAAUGAGGAAUGUGAUCCUUGGCGUCAAACUUUUCCAAAAAAUUCCCCAUUGGGGUGUCGCCGAGCCGAUAUGUGUUAGCUGGUACUUGGCAUUCAAGCACGAGGAGCUCAAAAAGUUUGUACACAAUCAAAAAGGAUGUUCAAGAGUUUAUGCGUUGAAGUGUAAUGAAUGUGAGAGUAAACCGAAGGCGUCGGAGAUUCAGAAGACAUUUGAAGAUCUGAAAAUCACUAAAGAGACUUCAGAAUCUUCUAAAAAGGCUCCAGAAGCUUCUCCACCACUCCAGAAAUUCCCAGAACCUACAAUAACCCAGAAGGAGUCGAAAAACUGUGAAAAGUGUUUCAGAACGUGUGAAAUGUUGAAUGAAGCAAAGAAAGAGCUGAAAUCCAAUGAAAACAGAAUUAAGAAUUUGGAAAAGAAGUUGUCAACGAAGGAGAAAAAGUUGGAAGAGUUUGAGGAUCAAAAGCAGAAAAUACAAGAAAAGGAGAAAGAGAUUCAAGAGAAAUUGGAGGAAAUCGAGCAGUUGAAGGGAAAAGUUGAGAAAAGUCUGAAAAUAGCUGAAGACAACGGAAAACUGAUUUCUGAAGUCACCAAACUGACUGAUUCUAUUGCUGAGCUCAACGAGGAACAUUCAAAACAAACAGAGAAGUUUCUGGAAUCUCAAAAUCAGCAAUUCGAUAAAAUUUCACACCUGGAAUAUGAGCUGGAUAUGGCAAGACAAACGACUGAAAUUCUGAAUCAAAAGAUUCUUGAAUUAGAAAAUCAGAGAGCGGAAAAUGAGAAUUGGGAAGCUGAAAAGCAAAAUCUACAUCUGGAAAUUCAAGAAAAUAGAGGAAAAAUUAAAGAAUUUUACGAUGAAAAUAUUCGGAUGCGGACAGAAAAUGAAGUGAAUCAACGGAUGAUUCAACAGCUUCUGGAUAAGUUAUCCAGUGCCACGUCAUCAGGAAAUAGCUACAGUAAUCCUCCUGUCGCAACAUCUGGUCGUGACUACAGUAAUCCAGUCAACUACCGUAGACCUGAAUCACUGUCUUCUGGAUCAAAAUACAGUAAUCCUCGACCAACUGUCUCCUAA